UAUAUAUUUACCCUAAUCGAUAUAGAGAUCAAGUAUCUAUCUGAAAAGUUGUAUUUGCGAUCGAAACGAUUAGCGGCGGUGUUACUCUCUCUCUUGUCUUGAAUGAUGGAGCGUCCUCCUACAAGUGAGGUAGCUAGGGCUCCAAUAGCGGUCUAUUGGGACAUGAAGAUGUGUCCGGUUCCCUAUGGCUAUGAUGCUCGUCGUGUGGGUCCGUUUAUUGAAUCGAAUUUGAGGCAGUUAGGCUACACUGGUCCUAUCACCAUCACUGCUGUUGGCUUACUAUCAGAUGUCCCUGAACAGAUCCUUGAAGCGCUCUUUUCCUCUGGAGUCUCUCUUUCUAACGUCCCCUACGGUACCAGAGACGUGGCAACGCUUGUCUUGUUUCGUACUUUCGAUUUUCCACCUCCAGCUAGUUUCAUGGUCAUAUCCCAUCCAGAAGAUGCCGCUGUAUUUCUUGACUUGGUAAGUGAGAUAGGAUACAACACUAUUUUCCCGUUUCCACUCAAAGAAGCCGCUUCUCAUCUAGAAGAUGAUGAUGGAAAGCCCCUCUGGGAAAACUUUCUUCGGGCAGAGCCUCCUGAGGAGGAUAAGUGCAGUGAAACAGGUCAAUCCUGGGUUUGCCGUGUGUGCCAUGGAGUUACUGGCCGAGACUUUCAAAGCUUUAUGACUCAUCUCUCUACUCCAAAACAUAUUUGGGAGUUUCCGCGCUGGCAUACCUAUGCUACUAGCGGCAACCAAAUCCCCUGUGUAAGCUCGGACGAAUCGGUGGAUGCUGUUGAAGAGGCUCCCCUUGAUUCUUAUCCCGAGAAUGCUACUAUCAUGGCUUAGUAGCGAAAGCACAAGAAGAGGAGGACGUGAAGAAGAAGAAUAUGAAGAGUACAUGGCCCUUGGUGUUGUUCUUCUCGAAGGCCUUCCCUUUCGUGUGGUGAAUCGGACAUUUGUUCUACUUGUAGCGGCAAAUGUUGGGUUAACUUAUAAGUCGUUUUUCUUUUUAAGUUAUGGAGAUCGGACAUAGUAACCGUAUGGUAUGUUUGAAAUGAUCAAUAAUGUGACAAGUAUGUUUUUAUCUACGUGUGAUAAAAAAAAUAUUAACACUAAAGCUCUUUGAAUAUUCGAUAGUAAAUGCCGGCUUAUAGCUC